CGACGAAGAGCUCUGAACCCCGGACAGGGUUCUUGGAUCCACCCUCCCGUCCAUGAGGUCCAACCCGUGGCCCCCGCGACUAUAUCGUAAUCCGCAUUGGCCACAUCAUCCCCAAGGUAAGUUUACCGAAUGAUGACCACUCCGAUGUGUUGCAAAACAAUGAACCGGAAUCCAGGGUGAGAUGCCAGCUCAUCAGCUGGACAAGGUCGGAACCUUCACACUCGUGACAUGGUUCUGUUUGCUGAAACGCGAUAGCAAUGAACACCUCGUGCGCACGAGCCGAACGGACGAGUCAUGCCCUCAGCCAAAACACCGGCGCGCGCAAUCCCCAAGCCGUGUUUGAGGAAUAAUGCGGGAGCUAUUCGUGUAUCAGCCUUGCAGUCCUUGCAAUCCGCACACGCUGACGACCGGGACCUUAUGCCUAUAACAUCC